UGGCUCUUCCUGGAGCGCUAGUUCUGUGGGCGCGCGCUCGGCCGCGCGGCACCCAUCUCACGCCCCACGGCCCCGCCCUGGCAGAAGUAGAAGAUGAGCAAACCUGUAACACCAUCAACAUAUGUGCGCUGCCUCAAUGUUGGACUAAUUAGGAAGCUGUCAGAUUUUAUUGAUCCUCAAGAAGGAUGGAAGAAGUUAGCCAUAGCUAUUAAAAAACCAUCUGGUGAUGAUAGAUACAAUCAGUUUCACAUAAGGAGAUUUGAAGCAUUACUUCAAACUGGAAAAAGUCCCACUUGUGAAUUGCUAUUUGACUGGGGUACGACAAAUUGCACAGUUGGUGAUCUUGUGGAUCUCUUGGUCCAAAAUGAGUUUUUUGCUCCUGCGAGUCUUUUGCUACCAGAUGCUGUUCCAAAAACUAUUAAUACAUUACCUUCUAAAGAAGCUGUAACAGUUCAGCAGAAACAGAUGCCUUUCUGUGGAAAAGACAGGACAUCUGUGAUACCUGUGCAGAAUCUUGAACAAAACUGUAUACCACCUGACUCCUCAAGUCCAGAAAAUAAAAGUUUAGAAGUUAGUGAUACACGUUUUCACAGUUUUUCAUUUUAUGAAUUGAAGAGUGUCACAAAUAACUUUGAUGAACGGCCUGUUUCUGUCGGUGGUAAUAAAAUGGGAGAGGGCGGAUUUGGAGUUGUGUACAAAGGCUAUGUGCACAACACAAUGGUGGCAGUGAAGAAGCUUGCAGCAAUGGUUGACAUUAGUACUGAAGAACUAAAACAACAGUUUGAUCAAGAAAUAAAAGUAAUGGCAAAGUGUCAACAUGAAAACUUAGUAGAACUACUUGGCUUCUCAAGUGAUGGAGAUGACCUCUGUUUAGUGUAUGUUUACAUGCCCAACGGUUCAUUGCUAGACAGACUGUCUUGCUUGGAUGGUACUCCACCACUUUCUUGGCACAUGAGAUGCCAGAUUGCCCAGGGUACAGCUAAUGGCAUCAGUUUUUUACAUGAAAACCAUCAUAUUCAUAGAGAUAUUAAAAGUGCAAAUAUCUUACUAGAUGAAACCUUUACCGCCAAAAUAUCUGACUUUGGGCUUGCAAGGGCUUCUGAGAAGUUUGUGCAGACAGUCAUGACUAGCAGAAUUGUGGGAACAACAGCUUAUAUGGCACCUGAAGCUUUGCGAGGGGAAAUAACACCCAAAUCUGACAUCUACAGCUUUGGUGUGGUUUUAUUAGAAAUAAUAACUGGACUUCCAGCUGUAGAUGAACAUCGUGAACCUCAGUUAUUGCUAGAUAUUAAAGAAGAAAUUGAAGAUGAAGAAAAGACCAUUGAAGAUUAUAUUGAUGUGAAGAUGAAUGAUGCUGAUCCCACUUCAGUUGAAGCUGUGUACUCUGUGGCUAGUCAGUGUCUGCAUGAAAAGAAAAAUAAGAGACCAGACAUUCAGAAGGUUCAACAGCUCCUGCAAGAGAUGACAACGACAACUUCUUAAAAUUUUAUUGGAAUAGACUCUUGAUUUUUUGUAUACACCUAUCUAAAGCAUCUUUUAAACUGAUUUUUUUCUCAGUGUUGUUCUUUACCUUUAACAAGUCAGUAUGAUACAGUGCAGUGGUUAUUAAAGCAUGGGAUGAACCUCGAACAUCUACGACAAAUGAAAGUAGAGUCACCGUAUCAACAGUUAGCUCUACCUACUUGUAACAGUCCCUGAGAUGUCUUCUUUAAGCAUCAUCAACACAGUUUGAAAACUACAGGAUUAGCAAAAAGAACACUGGGCUAUAGGGUGAAAAGACCCUGUUCUGAAGCCCAACUGACUCCACUACUAAUUUGCUGUAAAGCUUUCGGCAAACUCUUAGCUGCUUUGAGCCUUGGUUUUUUUCACCUGUAACAUUGGA